CGCGUACAUGGCAGCGUCCCGGCAGUUUGGUUUCUUCGUCCGGUGAGACAGGUGAAGGGGUUAUUACUUAUUUCGUGUACCUAUUCCAUUGUAGUACUUGCUACUCGCGACCGUUCGGCAUUUAAAAACACAAUGGCGUCAAAACAAUAGUGUUUUUAUUUUAUUUAUUUAUUUACAUUACAAAAGUGCGCGCUAUCCGAUUGACAAGUGUUUGUUUAUAAUAUUACAACAGUAACUGUGCCGAAGUAGAGCGUCGUGCUCGGACGAACUGGAUUAAAUUGUAUACAAACGAGGUGCGAUUAUCUGUGACAAAUAUAUAAUGUUAUAAUGAUGAUGCAUUCAAAAUCUCACGACUCCAACGACCGUAGGCCCAUGGAUCGUUCAGUUAUAAUUAUUAUGAGGUCGUCCCCGGGUUAAUAUUUUCUGACUAUCCAAGUGUUGUUGGGUCACACAUCACUAUGUUAGUGCUCUAUGUCACCGCUCUGUUCUUGUCAUUGGCGCGUUCAGUGCUACCGUAUUUGCUGGUGGUCACCGAUACAGAUUCACCGGGAUUAGUGUUGUUUGACGGUGGCACUCCGUUCUAUGGACGACCGCCAAGGCGAUACUCAUUGAAUGCAGAAAAAAAUGCCGAUUUUGUAUCAAAUUUGUUGCGUGUUGAUCACUAUACGGGAUCAGUUAUACUAGAAAGGCCGCUAGAAUGUGAUGGAUUCAAGUACCCGGACGUGUUCACAUUAUAUGUGGAUUCUACGUCUAACGAUACGUUGGAAUACAUGUCUGUUCCCUUGAGAAUAGUCAUUAAAGGAUGCGAAAACAAUAAAGUUGAUAAUGAAUUGGAUUCUCGUGUUGAACUAGCAAAAAAACUUUCAAGUAAAACACUCGUUUCAGUUGUUUUAUCAACAGUAAAUCUGAAAUCUGGUACCGGCGUGUCUACUGGUGAAUUAGAUCAAAAAUGUUGGCGUAAAAGUGAGUUUGUAGCUCCGCUUGGUUCUUCUGUUAUACCACAAAGCAUCUUUAACGAAUGCAACGUGCGGUAUAUUGAUGUCAGUGAUACUAGAUUUAAUGUGGAAUCAAAAAACGGUGAUUUGGUUGUGUCUGAAAACUUUUGCUCAACACUUGACCCAAUGUCGAUUAUUGUUAUGAUUUCUUACAAUUGUGAUAUAAACAGUGAAAUUGUGUCUCCUUCUGAACACUACAUAAAGAUGAUACUUUGGCAUAAACGUAGCCUAACAGAGAUUGGUCGAGUGCGAAGGGAUGUUGAAAUGGCCGAUAGUGGACUUCAAUUUGAAAGAAGUCUUUAUGUUGCUAGUGUAGGAGAAGAACUCCCAUCUGGAACAGUCGUUUGUAGUGUGCACGCGAGGAGUAUGCCACCUAAUAAUAAUCAGAUAGAAUACCAAAUGAGUCCGAUUAUAGAUACUAGAUCACAUGCAAUGUUUACCAUUGAUCCUAAUUCAGGUUUAGUCUCUACAUUGGUGUCAUUAGACAGAGAAUUUAUGGAUGUUCAUUAUUUACGAGUAAUUGCCAUAGAUACUUCAUCCCAUCCAUCUACAGCAACUACUACCCUUCAAGUAAAUGUAGUUGAUGCAAAUGAUCAUUCUCCCAUUUUUGAAUCGGCAUCUGGCAUGUAUGAAGCUUCAGUAAGGGAAUCUGUUUCAAUCGGCACAGUUAUUAUUACUAUCAGAGCUACGGACCUUGAUAUUGGACUAAAUUCUCAGAUUGAAUAUUCCAUUGAAAGCAUAUCGGGUGGUGGCUUAAAUGCUAGCGCUGAAGAAACUUUUGGAAUAGAUCUCCGUAGUGGCGUCGUUAGUGUUAGACGCAAUUUAGAUCGAGAAGUUUGUGAAGUAUACACUGUUAUGAUAAAAGCAAGUGAUCAAGCAACACCACCAUCACCGCGGAAGUCUGCUAUCGCGACACUAGUCGUGAGGGUUUUGGACGACAAUGACAAUUACCCACAGUUCUCUGAAAGAGCAUAUACAGUUAACAUUCCUGAAGAUUUAAGUCCUAAUCAAAGGCCAGUGAUUGCUACUAUAAAAGCUACUGACACUGAUCAGGGUUUAAAUGCUGUUGUGAGGUAUGCCAUAAUUGGAGGAAAUACACAAGGUCAGUUUUCAAUUGACAGUCAAAACGGAGAAGUUUCAUUAGUGAAAUUGUUAGAUUAUGAAGUCAUGAGAAGCUAUAGGCUUAUGAUAAGAGCUCAAGAUGGUGGAAACCCAAGUCGUUCAAAUACUACCCAGUUGUUGGUGAACGUUAAAGAUGUUAACGAUAAUCCUCCUAGGUUUUAUACGUCACUUUUCCAAGAAUCUGUUUUGGAAAAUGUAGCUGUAGGGUAUAGUAUAGUGAGAGUUCAGGCAUAUGAUGCGGAUGAGGGUGAAAACGCUGCAUUAAAGUAUCGUAUAUCACCGAAAGAUUUUGAUGGGGCAUCUGCAGAAAACUUGCCAAUAGCUGUGGAUGAAAAAAGUGGCUGGGUGUACACCACUAGUUUAUUAGAUCGUGAAACUAACUCAAAGUAUCAGUUUCAAGUAGUAGCUGAAGACGGAGGUGAUCCACCCAAAACGGCCACUGCUAGUGUUGUGGUGACUAUUCAAGACGUCAAUGACAAUGAACCAAUAUUUAAUCCAAAACAAUAUGAAGUUAUAAUUAGUGAAGAUUCACCACCAGGAACACCUCUUACAACAGUCGUAGCAACAGAUCCUGAUGAAAAUCCAAGAUUGCAUUAUGAAAUAUCCAGUGGAAAUUCAAGAGGAAGAUUUGCCAUUGCAACUCAUAGUGGCAAAGGUUUGGUGACAGUAGCUCAACCGCUGGACUAUAAACAGGAAAAACGUUUUAUAUUAUCUGUUACUGCAACCGAUGCAGGAGGUUUAUACGACACUGCUACCAUAUAUGUGAAUAUCACUGACGCUAACAACUUUGCUCCAAUUUUCGACAAUGCACCAUAUACUGCUAGUGUAUAUGAAGACGCUCCAGUCGGUACAACCGUUCUUGUUGUGUCGGCUACUGAUGGUGAUGUUGGUCAAAAUGCUUUGAUAAGUUAUUCGCUCGCAAGUGGUUAUGGUGAUGCAUCAGAAUUUACUAUAAAUGCUCAGAGUGGUGCAAUUGUUACCACCAAACCUUUGGACCGUGAAGUCCAAAGUGGGUUUUUACUCACUGUUACGGCUCGUGACGGAGGCAACCCUCCACUUUCUGACACCACAGAUGUCGAAAUCUCAAUUACUGACAUUAAUGAUAACGCACCUCAGUUUUUCAAUGCAUCAUAUUACGGAUCAGUGUCUGAAGACGCUCUUACUGGAACAAGUGUUCUCCAAGUGAGCGCUUCAGAUGCAGACUCCGGUCUAAAUGGGAGAAUUAAGUAUGCCUUAGAUGAUGGUGUAGAAGCAUUCGUUAUAGAUCCAACUUCAGGCAUACUAAGAACAGCUGCUUCAUUAGAUAGGGAAAGCAUUCCUCAAUAUAACAUUCAUGUUUUUGCCAUUGACAAAGGUUCACCUUCUUUAUCUACAGCUGUUCCUGUGACAAUACGUAUUGAAGACGUAAACGAUUCACCGCCAAUUUUCGAAUCUGAUAAAUUAGUUAUGUAUAUUGCUGAAAACUCUCCUAUUGGAUCAACUGUUGGUGAACUUUAUGCUAAAGAUCCUGAUGAAGGACCCAAUGCAUCCGUUCAAUAUUCAAUUAUUGGUGGCGAAGAUGCAAGUAGUUUUUCUCUUUUAAGAAGACCUGGCCUCGAUAAAGCUGAAUUAUUAACGUCUGUUGAACUUGAUUAUGAAUCAAACAAAAAAAAGUUUGAACUAGUUGUUAGAGCUUCAUCUCCUCCAUUGCAUUCUGAUGCACCAUUGACGGUUUACUUGACUGAUGUGAACGAUAAUGCACCUAGGCUUUCAGAUUUUCAAGUUAUUUUCAAUAAUUUCAAAAAUUAUUUUCCUACUGGUCCUUUUGGUCAAGUUCCUGCUUUUGAUGCUGACGUGUCAGACAAACUUGUAUAUCAAAUAAUAUCCGGAAACAACGCUAAUUUAGUGCAAUUAAACGAAUCCAACGGGAUGCUCACAUUAUCACCACAAUUGAAUACUAACGUUCCUAAAAUUGCUUCUAUGGAAAUAUCUGUUACCGAUGGAGUAAACGAAAUAAAAGCUACCAUGACCCUAAUAGUGCGUUUAGUUACUGAAGAAAUGCUUUUUAAUUCAGUUACUGUCCGAUUAGCCGACAUGACUAAAGAAGCCUUUUUAUCGCCGUUACUAGAAUUUUUUGCGUCUGGUUUAGCAGCAAUUAUUCCUUGCCCUAGAGACAAUAUUUACAUAUUCAGCAUACAAGAUGACACCGAUAUCGACGGACGAGUGUUAAAUGUUAGUUUUUCAGCUAAACAGCCAGACGGGGUUUUCUAUUCUCCACAGUAUUUGCAAGAACGUGUAUAUUUAAAUCGAGGAAUACUCACUCGACUAUCAACUGUGCAGAUAUUGCCUUUUGAAGACAACUUGUGCGUAAGAGAACCGUGUUUAAACUUUGAACUUUGUUUGACCGUUUUGAAAUUUGGAAACGCUUCAGCAUUCAUCAAUAGUGACACUGUGUUAUUCCGACCUAUUUAUCCAGUCACCACAUUUGCAUGCCAAUGCCCGCACGGCUUUACAGGCAGUCAAAAGUAUUAUUUAUGCGACACAGAAGUAGAUUUAUGUUAUUCAAAUCCUUGCAAAAACGGAGGGAAAUGUCAUAGCAAGGAAAGUGGUUAUACUUGCAUUUGUCCAACUCGUUUCACUGGAGAAAAUUGUGAAAUAAGUCUCAACCACGAUCAAUGUAGACCUGGUAUUUGCCAAUCUGGUGCCACUUGUACACCAUUAAAAAUUGGAGGUUUUUCAUGCGAUAACAAUUGUUCUCCAGCCGGUACAUUUGAAUAUUAUGAUGAAAUCUGCAGGCUUCGAUCUCGAGGAUUCCCCAAGUCUUCGUUUUUGACUUUUCCUUCUUUGAAGCAAAGAUACCGUUUACAUAUAUCUUUGAAGUUUGCAACAUUAGAAGAAUCCGGUAUACUGCUGUACAACGGGCGCUACAACGAACGUCAUGAUUUCAUAGCAUUAGAACUUGUUGAAGGAGGUCGCGGUGUACAAUUUUCCUUCUCUUUAGGUUCUGAAAUAACCUAUGUAACUGCAUACCCUCCUAAGGGUGUUGCUAAUGAUGGGCUUUGGCAUACUGUUACAAUUUCUUACAUCAACAGGAGUGCGACUAUAAGUUUGGAUGACUGUGAUGUUCCUCUGACUGUGAAGUAUGGUACAUUGCUUGGAUAUACUUGUGCAAAUGUUUCUACUCAAGUUUUAGAAAAAAGAUGUGAAAUAUUGACCGAGAGCUGUCAUCGGUUUAUGGAUCUUACGGGACCUCUUCAAAUUGGCGGUCUGCCCAUACUACCGGAUUCCACUAGUUUUCAGGUUAAAAAUAAAGAUUUCAUUGGAUGCAUAUCUGAUGUGUACAUAGAUUACAAACUUCUUGACCUAAACAGUUUCGUGGCUGAUAACGGUACUGUCCUUGGUUGUGCAGAACGUAAAUCGUUGUGUGUGGAGAAGCCUUGUAAAAAUGGUGGAAGCUGCACAGAUCACUGGGGAACAUACAAAUGUGACUGCCCUGAACCAUGGGGAGGAAAAGACUGUAGUCAAUCACUUAGAGCUCUUUGGCAGUUUUCUGGUGAUGGCAUUGUAGCUUUUAACCCAUUAUUACGUACUAUUCAGUUUCCUUGGUACACGUCAUUGUCGUUGAAAACUAAAAAAGCAAAUUCUCCAGUAAUUUCUAUAAAUAUUGGACAAAACACUACAGCUCGAGUUUAUUUGGAAAGUGGAUAUAUUGUCUAUAUUGUUGAUGGCCAAAGAGCAGUGUUCAGCAGUGUUCCAAUAAAUGAUGGAAACUGGCAUAAUCUAGAAAUUGUGUGGCAAAAUACAGGCGGGGUCAAGUUUGUGCUUGAUUAUGGUUUACGAUCUGUGGUCAAAACACUAAACGCUAAACUUCAAGGACAAUUUGUUGGAAAGAUUCAGCUAGGAAAUUUCAAUGAAGACUUAACUGACGUUGAUGAAAAUACAGGAUUUAAUGGUUGUAUAAAAGAUGUGCGAAUUGGACAUAGCGGGGGAGCUACAGUUUUAGAAAUUCCCGAAAUGAUGGUACGUGUCAGGGAAGAUUGUGAACAAGAAAAUCCGUGUACUUCCAACCGAUGUCCAUUGCACAGUGAAUGCAUACCGUCAUGGCAUAACUAUACUUGCAAAUGUCACACUGGUUUUGUUGGAACAACAUGUGUAGGCGUAUGUGAUACCAACCCUUGUGAAAAUAAUGCUUUGUGUGUGGAAGAUCAAAAAAGUUUACGAGGAUACAGUUGCCAGUGCAAUUCAUCUGUAUUUACAGGUGAGUAUUGUGAAAACGAGCUCCAGGAAUCGUGUCCAAUAAGCUGGUGGGGACAUCAUCGAGGAGUUUGUGGACCGUGUAACUGUAUGGUGGACAAUGGUUAUAAUCCGCAUUGUAACAAAACUACUGGUCAAUGUUAUUGCAAGGACAACCAUUACACACCUCACAAUUCUGACAAAUGCUUAGAGUGUGGCUGUUAUAAUGUUGGUUCUUUUGAUCGAUCUUGUGAUUUGGUUUCUGGGCAGUGCAAGUGUCGUCCAGGUGUGAUUGGACGGAAGUGCGAUAAAUGUCCAAACUCUUAUGCUGAAGUCACAUUAAACGGCUGUGAAGUGAUUUAUGACGGUUGUCCAAAAAGUAUUGCUGGUAACAUUUGGUGGCCAAGAGCAAAAUGGGGUGAAUUAUUCACUGAAAAUUGCCCACCCGGUUCAACAGGAAAAGCUACAAGGCUGUGUCAAAGUCUAAUGAACGGAUGGCAAAAUCCUGAUGUUUUCAAUUGUACUUCAAACUCAUUUAUUGAACUUCAACGACUUCUGAAUGAAUUGGAAUCAAAAUCAAUGAAAGUUACCACCUUUGUCGCAGUUAGCAGUGCUAAUAGUCUUUACAAGGCAGUUAACAAUACUCGUGAAUUACAUGGUUCUGAUGUGCUUAUCGGUCAAAAAUUAGUACGACAUUUAUUAUCCCAUGAAGGCUCGUUGUCGGGUUUAAACUUGACACAUAGUCAAGAUAAGGAUUAUAUAUUUAACUUGGUAAUGGCCGCAAGUCGCCUACUAGACUUAAGUGAAAUUGACCAUUGGCAGCACAUAAAUAUCUUAACGUCUGAGGGACCGUUUGGUUUGAUGGAUAUGAUUAAUAACUAUAUGGCAACUUUAUCAACUACUCAACAUGAUACUUAUACGGAUCCAUUUGAAGUGGUCACUCCUAACAUUGUUGUUGGGUUAGAUGUAGUUUCAGCAGAAAGUUUGUUUGGGUUUGAACCUGAACACGAACAUCCCGAUCUAUCGACUUCUUCUGUAACUCAAGAAAAAGUGAGCUUGCCAGAUUCAUCUAUUCUUCAACCUGCCAUACAAGUUUUAAGUUUAAAACCAGGGUCAGAAAUUUUAGGCUUAAAAAACUUGGGUAGUCCGGUCGUUGUUUUGCCCAAGUAUAAUAACUAUCUUAUGGAUUCCUCAAAAUUUGACAAACACACACAGGUCAUGGUACCUAUUGAUUUAUUGGGAAUUGAACCAGUAAAAUAUGGAACUACUACGACCAGGGGGCAACUGUCGAAAAAUGCUGCGGUAAUUGGUUAUGUGCAGUAUCGUACUCUUGGUGCUUUAUUGCCAAUGCGCCAUGAUGAUACAGUUUUAAAACGAUAUUCUGUAGACCUCCAAGUCGGUUCACCCGUUGUAUCAUUUGUUGCUACUUUGAAUCGUAACAACCCAAAGAGAACGCUGAGACAAGUAAAUGGUAAAGAAAUAUCUGAGCUAUCCAACAUAGUACCAUUGGAUUCACCUGUUCGUAUAAGAAUUUGGCUUAACAAACAUCCUAUCACUAUAAGGUCUAAUCCACAAUGUGUCCGUUGGUCUACUUCACGAGUAGCUGACGGAGAAUGGACUCGAGCUGGCUGUCAUACAGAGCUGCCGGAAGACGACUGGUGGGAAAUGGAUUCAAUUCUCAUUAACUGUACUUGUAAUCAGCUAUCAACCUACGCUGUUCUUACAGAUGUUGUUGACGAACACUACAUAAUUGAAUAUUCCAACUUGGAACUAUUUUCAAUAUUUAUUUCAUUUGGUUUAGCAAUUAUUGCUCUUCUUGUUACUUGCGUGUUGUUGGUCGCUGUACGUGCCGGGACCAAUACGAGCUCAAUAUAUACUCACUUCGCAUUAUGUCUGCUACUUACCCAAUGUGUUUAUUUAGCAGCUACUCAAACAAGAGGAACUCUGUAUACCUUUGAGAUAUGGUGUAAAUUUUGUGCCAUUACCUUGCACUACUUAUGGUUGGCAACAAUCGGUUGGUCGUUAGUUGCUGCGCUUCAUUUAUAUCGCAUGUUGACUGAACUUCGCGACGUCAACCAUGGCCAGAUGGGAUUUUAUCACAGUAUUGGAUACGUCCUACCUGCUAUCAUUGUCAGUUUGUCCGUGGGGGUGCGCAUCAAUCAAUAUGGAAAUUAUUAUUUCUGUUGGUUGUCAGUCUACGAAUCUGUUAUUUGGAGUUUGAUCGGCCCUACUUGCCUUGCUAUUGCCAUUACUGUUAUUGUUUUAUUACUUUGUAUUCGAGCCGCAUUCACCCUCAAAGAUCAUGUUCUCGGCUAUGGAAAUUUAAGGAGUGUUUUGGUUGUGCAAGUAAUUUGUGUGCCGAUACUAGUUGGUGUUUGGCUGCUAGAAGUCGUAGUGGCAUCUGAACGUGACACCCGUCUCAUAUAUACGUUAUGUGCUGCUGUUUGUGGCCAAGGUUGGCUCAUAUUAAUUGGUUUGUGUUAUUCUAACGCCAAGCUCAAGUGUGGAGUCCAUAGUUGUGCUCUGCGACUUAUUGGCAAAGAAGUUCAAGAAAAAAACGAACCAGACUCUGGUAUUGGAGCUGUGUCGCCUCCUACUUUUAGAUCGUCCUUGUCUUAUCGUAACACUGGUGGAGGAGGAGCUGCAGGUACUGAUGCUCCAAGAAGACCCAUGGGCAUAUCUAUGUCGAGUACAACUUCUCGGUCUACUACAAAAACCAGUAGUAGUCCAUACAGAAGUGAUACUCAUUUGAGGAAUACAUCAACGACAACUAGUAAUUACGAUCAUUCUACAUCAGACUUGCCAUCUAGUUACCAUAGAACGCAUCAUACAUCAGAUUCAGAUUCCGAAGGGUCGGGUGAAGGAAGAAGUUUAGACCUAGCUUCAUCGCAUAGUAGUGACGAGGACGACUCGUCUCGUCACCGAGGUCGUAGAAGCAAUGUUUCUUCCACAAGACCUUCAUCAUUCCUACCAAACAUAAAUGAAGAUCCUGGUUUACCACCAUCUCUUAAUGUAAUCACAAAUUCACAGUUGUUCCCUAAUUUAAAGCCAUUAUAUGCUCCGCGGUGGACAAACCAACCAUACCCAACAGUUCAAGAAGAAGACCUCAAUGAAGGACAACAUCGUUGGACAGGAUCAACGAUAUCCGACCCAGAUAAUUCUAUUAUCAACAAUAGAAUGUCUCUCGAACCUCCAUUGUUGAGUGGUGAACAUUUUACUUUUCACCAUAAAAGCUCAACGUUUAAUUCUUUAAAUAAAACUGGAUCAGAUUGUGAUGUUGACGAGAAAGUUAGUCUUGGAGAAAAAUAUUUAUUCCCUUAUACAGCUGAAGAAGAUCAUUGCCAUUCGGCAUAUCGAGACAUGUACGGGGAGAGUCGUAGGGGUAGUGAUUUGUACGGCAUAUCCAUGCCGCCAUCUAUGCCAAGUCGAGGAAGUGAAAACAGUUCAUUGCAUAGCGUUGACAAUAGGUUUGUAACAGCUCGAGCGUAUAGUCAGCCUGUUUCACCAUCCACACACGCUUCCACUUCUACACUAAAUUUGCACUCUAGACAUGGUUACACCAAUGAGUAUGGCAUACAGGAAAUACUGGAGUCCGAGAAGGAUUCGAGUGAAACUCCAGUUUGAAGUUGUGGCCUGAACCAGUACAAAUAAUUUGAUUACCCUUUUUGUAUUCCAUUUCUUUUCUUUAUAUGUUCGUCUUUCAAAUGCAUGUAUAUUAAUCCUUGGCUUGGCAUUGACCCCCUCCCCUCUCUCUUUCUCUCAAUCUAAAUCUCAGUUGAAUGUAUGAGUAUUUUUUUACUUUAUGUAAGUUAAGUGACGUUUAAUUUUUACGUAAAACCAAUGGUCUCAGAACUUUGUACUUAAUUUGUGUUUAUAGUAUUUUUUUACGUGUAUUGUAUGUAACCUUUUUUAUUUAAGCUUUAUAUUUUAAGAUACCUAAAUGCACUGCAAACCUAUUGUAAGGGUUUUAAGAGAUUUUAAGUGGCCAAAGUCCAAACAGUUUAAAAAUACUUGGUUUUAGUUACGUGCAUAUAAAAUGACGUAAUUAAUAUCGGUACUCUUCAAAAAAAUCAUAAAAAUUAUUUUUAAAUUAAUUUAUUUAGUUUUUUAUGCAUCCAAAACACCAGCCCCUUCCAAAAAAAAUGUUGGUUUAGUGAUCACAAGUGUUUAUAUAAUCUUUUUCACUGUGUAACAUCACUUUGGAUCACAAACUAAAAUACAUAUGUUUUUCGAUGAAUGAUGAAUCCGAAUCUGGUGUCAGUUUUGUCUAGCAGGUCUAUUUUUUACUUUUUUGAUACAAAUAAUCAUAGUUAUUUACAAAUUUUGAAGCGAUUUAAAAAACAAACUGACUUGUGAAAACCAUUUUUUUUUUUAAAUGUUCGUUAUACAGUGGUUAUUAUUAUUUCAGUUGCCUAUUACUAUUUUAUAAUGUUUUUCCUCGGAGAAUUCUUAGUACCUUAUUUAUUUCACAAAGAAUUUUAACUUAUUGAUUAAAUGUUUUUAUUUUCUCUUUAAGUUAAAUUUAAGCACAUCUCUCCGAAACCCUGAUUUUGUGUUUGCUCCUUGGGAAACCAAUCAGCUACGCUUUCACUGCCAUAAUCCGUGUGUGCUUUUUUGCGUUUAUGAUACGAUUACGCGUUAAACAUAUAACACUGUAUAUUAUAAUUCUUACAUAUUAUUAUUGUGUAUAUAAAAUUCAUUAAAAUUAUUCUCUCACACGACACAUAUCUCUCAUAGCAUUAUGAAAUAUCAUUGAUACGCUUUACACUAUUCUACUCAUCUCGUUUAUUUUGUGGUCCUAACAAUUUAUUAUAAUUUAGUGCCAUACUAUAAUAUUAUGUUGUAUCCCAGUUGGUCCAAACGUUUGUGAUACUUAGGCCUAAGUACUUUUACGAUUUAUAUUUUAAAUGGAAAUUAAAAGAAAACCCGUAGGUUACCGCGGUACCUAUCUGAUGUCGUUUACAUUAUAAUAUACAUAAGUAGAGUUUUUACAAAUGUAUUUUUUAGUGUCUAAACAAUGGCAUUUACCGUUAUUAAAAAUGCAAGAAAAAAAUCUGACUUCGACGUGCCCCGUGUUUAACGAUAUACUUAUGGGUAAUAAAAAAUAUAAAAAGUUAGUCGAGGUAAUUAAGGAAUGAAAUCACGAGUAUAGAUAAAUACAGUUUUUACAUUUCUUAAAAAAAUUGUAUUUACAUUUUUCUUAUCAUUAAUUUCAAUAUUUGCUCACCUAAUCCUAUCGACCUCGACGUCUUAUUAUUUUUAGACAAAAAUAUAUUAUAUUUUUGAAAAAAUUAUUUAUUUGUACAUGUUUAAUUUUU